AUGCCUUCUUUGGAAGAACCCCAGACCGAGGCACGCCUGUUGCUCGUCUCGAACCGACUUCCCAUUACCAUCAAGCGUUCCGAGGAUGGAAAAUAUGACUUUUCCAUGUCAUCCGGUGGUUUGGUUAGUGGACUGAGUGGACUGUCCAAGGCAACAACCUUCCAAUGGUACGGCUGGCCGGGGUUGGAGGUUCCCGAGGAAGAGGUCCCCAUGGUCAAGCAGCGCCUGAAGGAUGAAUACGGUGCAAUUCCGGUGUUUAUCGAUGACGAAUUGGCAGAUCGCCACUACAAUGGGUUCUCUAACUCGAUUCUUUGGCCGCUGUUCCACUACCACCCGGGUGAGAUCACCUUCGACGAGUCGGCUUGGGAAGCUUACAAGGAGGCGAACCGUCUGUUCGCAAAGGCUAUAGCGAAGGAAGUGCAAGAUGGUGACUUGAUCUGGGUGCAUGACUACCAUCUCAUGCUCCUCCCAGAGAUGCUGCGCGAGGAGAUCGGCGAAUCAAAGAAGAACAUUAAGAUCGGUUUCUUCCUGCACACCCCUUUCCCUAGCAGUGAAAUCUAUCGCAUUCUUCCUGUGCGCAAUGAGCUCCUUCUGGGUGUUUUGCACUGCGAUCUCAUUGGCUUCCAUACCUAUGACUACACACGCCAUUUCCUGAGCAGUUGCUCGCGCUUGCUUGGACUUGCUACUACCCCGAACGGUAUCGAGUUUCAGGGCAAGAUCAUCACCUGUGGUGCUUUCCCAAUUGGUAUUGACCCCGAUAAGUUCAGCGAGGGACUCAAGAAGGAGAAGGUACAGAAGCGUAUUGCCGCGUUGGAGCAAAAGUUCCAGGGUGUCAAGCUGAUGGUUGGUGUGGAUCGCUUGGAUUACAUCAAGGGUGUGCCGCAGAAGCUUCAUGCCUUGGAGGUCUUUCUGAGUGAUCACCCAGAGUGGGUUGGAAAGGUUGUCCUUGUCCAGGUCGCCGUUCCCAGUCGCCAGGAUGUCGAAGAGUACCAAAAUCUGCGUGCUGUGGUGAACGAGUUGGUGGGCCGCAUCAACGGCAAAUUCGGCACGGUUGAAUUCAUGCCUAUCCAUUUCCUGCACAAGUCUGUCAACUUUGAUGAACUCAUUGCGCUCUACGCCGUGUCCGAUGCCUGCAUUGUGUCUUCUACUCGUGAUGGUAUGAACUUGGUGGCCUACGAGUACAUUGCUACUCAACGGAAGCGGCACGGCGUCCUCGUGCUUUCCGAGUUUGCUGGUGCUGCCCAAAGUCUCAACGGCAGCAUCAUUGUCAACCCCUGGAACACCGAGGAAUUGGCUGGUGCCUACCAGGAGGCUGUCACAAUGAGUGAUGAGCAGCGUGCCCUAAACUUCGCCAAAUUGGACAAAUACGUGAACAAAUACACAAGUGCCUUCUGGGGCCAGUCCUUCGUCACUGAGCUCCGACGGAUAUCCACACACUCAGCCGACAAGUUCCAGGCCAAGAACUUGGCCAUCACCCCCAGCUCCAGCGAGACCGAGCUCGCCGAGCAGGCACCUUCAGUCUAA